AUGGUUGACCCGCUUGCGAUCUAUAAGCCAGAUGCCUUUGAAGUAACAUUUUUUAAGUUGAUUCGAGAAAAGCAGGAUUUAGACAAUGACGAGGGAGCUUUUAAUCCAGACCUAACUCAUCAAAUCUUUGGGCAAAGUGAAAUUAUAUUUGGUUAUAAAGACCUAAGUAUCGUCAUUUCCUACACGGCUGGAUCUUUGGCGACAUUGGUACAAAUUGAUUACUCCAGUAAGAUACCUCCCUCACUUGCCGAGGGAGUUAAGCCCGAUAACAUUUUGGCAGCCCUGAAAGAAGCCUAUCCAGCGGGCUUCACAACUGAUCGGGAUGAAUUCUUGAAGCAAUUUGAUAAGGAUAUCACUUUUGAGCCUUAUGGGAGUCCAGAGAAGUCAUACUCUGUUAUUGAAGGGGAAAAUAGUCGGGAGUUUGUAAUUUACUAUGUUGAUUCCAAAUCGCCAGACUUUUUGGAAUUUACAAAAUAUCUUAAACGAAUGGAGCCCUUCCUUCUUUUCUUCAUUGAUGAGGCUUCCUUUGUUGUACUUGAUGAUGAUUGGUCUUUCUACGUUGUAUAUGAGAAGUUUAUGUCGCCAAGUUCACCAAGUCCUCGUUACGCUUUUGUUGGCUACGCUUCGGUUCACUUCUUCUAUGCUUAUCCUGAGAAUACUCGACCUCGUAUUAGCCAAGUGCUUAUUCUGCCGCCUUUCCAGAAAAUGGGCCACUGUACCAGACUUCUUGAAGCUAUCUAUGAUCGUGUGGUCCCUCUUUCGAAAACAAUUGAUGUUACCUGUAAAAUUGUUUGUCUUGGGAGUGACCUAAUAGCUCUAGUUGAGGCUCCUUCCGAUAAUUUGAGUCGCCUUCGUGAUUACCUGGAUUGCAAACGCUGUCUCACGAAAUCGCCAGAAAUUCUGCCAAUUCUCAAUCGAGUCCUAGAUUUCGCCCACCUCUCCUCCACUAACACCUUGCCAAAGCCCGACGAUAUGACUGAUUUGCCUUCAGCAAAGAGACGUCGUCUACUAAGUGGCGACUCAUCAUCAGCAUUAUCGCCAGAAUCAGAAUCAGAUGAGGUAUUGAAUUCCGCCUACUUGGUUCUCCUGAAGAAAUUCAUCGACACGGUUCGACCUCGUCUCAAGCUCUCCAAAUUUCAAUCGCGUCGCAUUUUCAACACUCUCAUCUAUUUUAUAAUAUCUAGAAAGAGCCCCAAAGCUCUGGACGAGUUCUACAAGACUGUGUUAUAUCGCAAACGAAUUGCAGAUAGGCGCGCUCGAGGUUUGGUUCUUGCAAUGUCGGCAUCUGAAAGGAGACCAAAUUUCGAUGAAAAUUACGAACAGGAUUUAGAGAAUCAGGUGAAGAGUGAAUUGGCUCUCUAUCAGAACGCUGCAGAGAAAUUGGGAAUUGCCCUGUCAAAUGGGGAAUUGGGACAGAUUGAAGGUCUCUAA